CCCACGAUGUGAUUCAUCUGAAACUACAACCAUCUACACAAACUCACUCUUUAUCUCCUCUGUCUAAGUUUAUGGCUGGCAAUAAUCUGCAGAGUACUAUUUCCGUUCAUGGUAGAACUUUAUAUCCAACUUGUAAAUUAUUAAACUCGUCGAAGAUGCUAGGUUUUUCUCUGCAGUCACGAACUGAUAGAGGUUUGAUAGUGUGCUCAGCUGUAGGUCAUAAUACACUGAAUUCAGAUGAACUUGGUUUGAGAAAUCCGACAAGAACGUCAGAAAUUUUGGAACUAAUUGAUCAAGGUGAAAAAACGUUAGCCAACUCAGGAAAGUUUGGGAGGUUUGGAGGAAUUUUUGUGCCGGAGACACUUAUUACUUGUUUGAAGAAGCUUGAAGUUGAAUUCAACUGGGUUCUACAUGAUCCUCAGUUUCAGGAGGAACUCUCAAUAGCGCUAAAGGACUAUGUGGGGCGAGAAACUCCCCUAUACUUUGCGGAGAGGCUCACAAAUUAUUACAGGAAUAAAAAUGGUGAAGGCCCGGAGAUUUACUUGAAGAGGGAAGAUCUGACUCACGGUGGAGCACACAAGAUCAACAAUGCCAUGGCUCAAGCAAUGCUCGCCAAACGCAUGGGGCGAAAAAGCAUUGUCGCUGCCACGGGCGCCGGCCAACAUGGGGUUGCUACGGCCGCCGCAUGUGCUAAGCUAGGCUUGGAUUGUACAAUAUUCAUGGGCAGCAUAGACAUGCAGAGACAAUCAUCCAACGUGCUUUUAAUGGAACAUACCGGUGCUCAGGUUAAAUCUGUUGCUGGAACUUUUAAGGAUGCGACUUCAGAAGCAAUACGGAGCUGCGUUGGAAAUCUACAGGGCAGCUAUUACUUGGCAGGUACUGCAGUCGGGCCUCACCCUUGCCCGAGCAUGGUUCGGGAAUUCCAAACCGUGAUCGGAAAAGAAACAAGAAAACAGGCAAUGGAGAAAUGGAGUGGGAAGCCAGAUGUAUUGGUUGCCUGUGUAGGGAGUGGAUCAAAUGCAUUGGGAUUAUUUCAUGAAUUUAUAAGAGAUGAAGAUGUUAGAUUAAUUGGAGUUGAAGCUGCUGGAUACGGAAUAGAUAGUGGGAAACAUUCAGCAACUUUGGCUAAGGGAGAGGUGGGAGUUUAUCAUGGGGCCAUGAGUUAUCUUUUGCAAGAUGAUGAAGGCCAGAUUAUUGGACCACACUCGAUUGGUGUUGGGCUGGAAUAUCCAGGGGUUAGCCCAGAACUGAGUUUCCUCAAAGACAUUGGCCGUGCUGAGUUUUACUCAAUCACCGAUGAAGAAGCCCUGGAAGCAUAUACACGGCUAUGCCGACUUGAAGGGAUAUUUCCGGCAUUAGAGGCUGCUCAUGCAUUGGCAUAUCUGGAAAAACUUUGCCCUACAUUAGCCAGUGGUACUAAGGUGGUCGUAAAUUGCAGUGGUCGAGGUGACAAGGAUGCUGGAACCGUCUUUAAGUAUCAACACAAGAUGGAAGGCGAGCAGGAGCAAUCAGAAUGAAAAACUAAAUAGUAUUACAUUUGAGAAAUACUAAGAUAAACCAAGUAAUAUGAUAUAGAAAUUGUACUAAUGGAUCGUCAAAAGAAUUACUUCGUUGUAUUAUAUUAAGAAAGAAAACAAAGUUAGAAUCUUAUUUAUUGAAA